GGUCUGUGCCCUUGAUAUCUGUGGUAAUCUGCCUCAGUACCUGAGUGUUGAGGAGAGGACGUUUAUGGAAGGUUUUCCUCUGAGCUCUGAAUGAAUUGACCGUUAGCCUGCUCUGCAAACAUUAUAAUGUCAAAAUGCUGUCAGUGACAAACUAUCACCAUUACACCAUAUGCAUAUUAUGCAAUUGCAAAAAACGAUUUAACAGUUUUAUUCCUCCCUUUAUUGUAAUUUGCCUACAUAAGAGGUUGGCAGGAGUCUCGGGGGCGCUUGCUGUCACGGCCGGGGCAUACGGAGCUCACGGUUUCAAAAACAAAGACCCAGAUGAUUACUCCAGAGUGCUUUACGAGACGGCCAACAAGUACCACUUCUACCACAGCAUCGCACUGCUGGGGGCAUCUCGCUGUAGGAAACCUGCUGUGGCAGGAACUCUCUUAUUAUUGGGAACGGGGGCGUUCUGUGGGUCCCUGUACCACCAGGCCCUGACUGGGGACCCGGUGCUGAGGAAAUUGGCUCCGUAUGGUGGUGUGUUCCUGAUCGCUGGUUGGCUUGCCAUAGCUAUCUGAACUCUUACCUUCAACCCCUGGCUCCUGACCGUUGCUUGACAUUUGCUGGUGCUCAAUGACCUCUCGAUACGGGACACAAACUAACUGUUAUGUUCGGAGGCCAGAGAGGUGGAGAUGUCAGAGGUGUAGCAUUGGAAGAGGUUUUGGGGUAAAAGGCCACUUAUCUGACCCUGCUGGUGUGUGGCCAUGGGUGUAAAACGUAGAUAAGGCUGUAUCAUUUUCUAACAUAAUUUUCUCCCAGCAGUGUGUGUGCGUGCGCUUGUGUGUAUGAUUGACCUGAAAUAUGAAUAUGUUUAUGUCCUUUUAAGUGAAUAAACCUAUUGCAAAUAAUUGCAACUCUGUACUCCUGCCCCCCCCCCCCCCAUUCUGAGGUAGCCUUCUAAUUGUAAAUCUCUCUCACUUAAGAGGUCAAUGGAAAAUGUCUUCAUGGCACCUUAGCGUUUGAUCGUCUAAGUAUCAUAAUGUUUCUUUAACAUACAGAAAGCAAGGAGGGUUUAUUGACCACUAGUCUCACUUGAACCGUGUCUUUGCUACUCUGUAUACAAAUUAAAAGGGAAAUCUACUCAAUCAAAAA